AUGCUAUCUUCCACAAGAAGAUCAGCCGCGCUGGCGCUGCGAGCCAGGCCAGCUUCAUCCAUGAUUUCCUACCGAUCAAUUGCUGCCAUCUCAUCCUCUGCUUCGAAGCCUGCGGUCGCAGUUUCACCACACAAUGUGCACGGCAAUCCGGGUACGCCACCGCCGAUGAGCGUUACGGGCAAGGAGAGGCGCGAGGUGCCAUUGCCAAGUCAGGAAGGGAAGAAGGGUGUUAUGCAAUACGCAUUAACAACCCUCGAUCAAAUCGCCAAUUGGGCCCGUCAAGGCUCCCUCUGGCCCAUGACCUUCGGCCUCGCCUGCUGCGCCGUCGAAAUGAUGCAUCUCUCCACGCCCCGCUACGAUCAAGAUCGCCUCGGUAUAAUCUUCCGCGCUUCGCCACGUCAAUCUGAUGUUAUGAUCGUAGCCGGCACAUUGACAAACAAGAUGGCACCGGCCCUGAGACAGGUGUAUGAUCAGAUGCCCGAGCCGAGAUGGGUUGUGAGCAUGGGUAGUUGUGCGAACGGCGGUGGCUACUAUCAUUAUAGCUAUAGUGUAACGAGAGGGUGCGAUCGUAUUGUGCCCGUGGAUGUGUAUGUGCCGGGUUGCCCGCCUACUUCGGAGGCGCUGAUGUAUGGCAUCUUCCAACUGCAGAAGAAGAUGAGGCAUACAAAGAUUACGAGAAUGUGGUACAGAAAGUAG